AUGGAGGUAGCAUGCGGGGAACAUGGUGACAAUGUUCUAAAGUUGGCUUGUUCUGUGCGACGUGGGGUUCUUGAUGAAGAAUUAGCAUUAAUAACUUCUUCCCGAUAUGAUGGAAUUCCAUGCCAGCAACUACAAAAAAGUGGACAUGUAACUUCAAUCGAAUUAGCUUCAACUGGCCAGACUGUCAGGACCUCAAUUGCCCCUGAUAACAACGAAAUUUCCCAUUCUACCGAAAUUGGUGACUUUCCGCCCCGAAUAAAGAGAGGCGGCUCACUAAUGCCUUCUAAUUUUGUGUUGAACCAAAAUGCGGUCAAUCUAGGGAAUAUUCUUGCUGUUGCAGAAACUGGGGAAGCAGGAAUAAACUGUGAUAAAAUCGGAAUUUGUAUUGGUAGCGGAAUUGCAUCAACCGAGACAUCGACAAUCCAUAUUUCUGAUCCUGAAACAAAUUGCGGGCUAUCAGAAUCUUUACUUCAAUCACCACUUGAUCUGGCCACCUUUCAGAGGACUGAUGAGAAACAUCAUUUUAUGCAGGUAUGGUGA